AUGGAUCUGGAAAAAGUCGAGCGGCAACACGUCGAGGCUCUCGACGGGGCCGGUGUGUCAGCCAAAGAUGAGAAGAUGAAUCUCGAUGAGAUCGAGGAGUUUCUGCGGGCAGAAAAGGAAAUGCCACUAUGGGAAGCCGUCAAGAACCAUAAGAGAAUUCUCCUUAUCUCGCUGGUCUCCUUCCUCUGCGGUAUGACCUACGGAUACGAUACGAUCGCCAAUGGAACCACAGUUGCGAUGCCCAGUUUCUUGCUGAGCUUUGGGGCCUACGACGCAGAAACCGAAUCCUGGUACGCCCCGUCGGUGUGGACCUCAUUGUGGACAUCUAUGUCAAAUUUGGGCCAGGCAGUUGGCGCGUUUUUGGUCGGCCCCUUGGCCGAACGGAUCGGUCGUAAAUAUGCGAUUGUCGUGUUCUCCAUCAUCUCGUUUGCUGGAGUCGCCCUUCAGUUCACUGCGACAAGUCGUGCACAGCUCCUGGGCGGCAAGAUCAUCAAUGGUCUCACGAUCGGUGCGCUGUUGGCUGUGGGAACCACCUAUGCCUCCGACAUUGCCCCGACCCGUCUCCGAGGCUUGAUCCUUCAGGGCCUGGUGUUCUUCUCCGUCGCGAUGCAAGGUACCAGCAUGGGCAUCAUUCGAGCUUUUGUGCCCAGUCUGCAACCGAGUGCAUGGAAGACCGUCUUCGCUAUUCAAUGGGCGGUCGGCGGGCUCCCUCUGUUGGCCAUUUUUGUUCCCGAAUCACCAGUUUGGCUUCUCUCCAAGGGCAGAGAUGAAGAUGCGCGCAAAUCCCUCCGCCAGCUCUACGGCCCGAACAAGGACUGCGAUAUCCGCUACCGAGCUCUGGUUCACACCCUGGCAGAAGAGAAGGCUGCCCGGUCUGGGGAUCAAGGCUCCUACAUGGAAUGCUUCCAAGGCCCCAACCUCAAACGCACCCUGACCGCGUCUUUCCUGAUGAUGACAAGUAAUGCCGUCGGGUCCGGGUUUCUAUCCCAGAACGUCUACUUCCUGCUGACGGUCGGCCUGUCGGCAGUCGACUCCUUCGACAUCGGCAUUGGUGGCUUCUUCCUCGGAUGUAUCGCGAUUGCCCUGGGCUGGGUAUACAAUGAUGCGAUCGGUCGCCGCCGGCUGUUCCUGAUCGGUGUUGCGGGUAACGCCUUGAUGAUGGUGGUCGUUGGAGGGCUAGGGUUUGCCACAAGCAAGGGCAGUCUCUGGGCCAUCGCAAUCAUCAUGAACCUCCUCAUCUCCUGGCAGGUAUAUUCGAUCGUCAGCAUCUCCUGGACUCUCGCCCCGGAGAUCUCCUCGUAUCGUCUGCGCCAGCAGACCCAGUCGAUAAGUUACCUCGUACAAGCCAUCUCGUCGUGGUUCUUCCAGUUCAUCGUCCCGUACCUUUAUAACACCGGAUCCGGCGAUCUGGGCGCCAAAACGGGCUUCGUGUUUGCAGGGUUAUCAGCUAUCUGUCUCGUUGUUGCUUUCUUCGUUGUUCCUGAGACGACGGGUCUCAGCGUCGAUGAUAUCGACGCUCUGUACGAGAAGGGGGUGUCGCCGCGGAACUUUAUCAAAUAUCGUGCUCAGGAGGAGCACUAA